GUCAUGUUGAGAUGCCAUGUUUGAUGAAAAGUACAUCAAAAAGCACAAAGACGGCAAUAGUCACGGUUAAAUUGUGAACAAUUUAUUUAUUGAAAACGAUUUUGUUAGUAUGGUUUCGUUAAAUUGUUAGGGAAGUUUUUAAUUAAGAGGUUUUUAAAAUGAAAGUAAUUUGCUUUUGUGUUUUAACGGCGAGACGGUUUGUUUAAAUGCGUAUGGUUUCAUGUGUGUUUCGUGCUUCCAACGGUAGAAGAUGAUUAAACUGCUGUUUUGAUAAAGAUGUGAUUCUUGUUCGCGUUUUAUUCGGUGUUAAUUUGAUAGAGUACGAAUUACAAAUCUAUAAAAAUGGAUUUUGCUGCACCACCACCAAAUAUGUCGGUUCCUCCACCGGGACUAAAUAUGCUCGGAAAUCCGAUGGGACCUGCUAUGGGAAUCUAUGCAAACAAAUUUGAUCCUCGAGCUGCAUUCAAUAACCGUCCUCCAUUUAGACCGUUCUUGAAUUUACAGCGGUUACCUGGCCCCUUAGGAAAUAUGACUUUGGAAGACUUUGAUGGAAAGAGGUUACGAAAAUCUGUUAUGAGAAAAACGGUUGAUUAUAAUUCUGCAAUAAUUAAAGCAUUAGAAAAUCGUAUAUGGACUAGAGACUACAGGGAUCGCCGGGCACUUCAACCUGAUGUAAUGUACUAUCCUGACAUGAUGCCUCCACCUAGUUAUUAUGAUAAUCCCAUUAAUUGUGUUACCACACGAUUUGUAAAAACAGCAACAAACAAAAUGCGUUGUCCAAUUUUUUGUAUGGCAUGGACCCCUGAAGGUCGAAGAUUAGUUACUGGGGCUAGUUCAGGAGAAUUCACUUUGUGGAAUGGACUUACAUUCAAUUUUGAAACAAUUUUGCAAGCUCAUGACAGUCCUGUUCGAUGUAUGGUGUGGUCGCACAAUGACAGCUGGAUGGUGACGGGAGAUCAUGCAGGCUACGUUAAAUACUGGCAGUCGAAUAUGAACAACGUGAAAAUGUUCCAAGCACAUAAAGAAGCCCUGCGUGGCAUAAGCUUCAGCCCUAUGGAUAGUAAAUUUGUGACCUGUUCGGAUGACGGCACUCUUCGAAUUUGGGAUUUCUUUCGAUAUCAGGAGGAAAGAGUUCUUAGAGGUCACGGAGCUGACGUUAAAUGUGUUCAUUGGCAUCCCCAGAAAGGACUUAUCAUUUCCGGAAGUAAGGACAAUCAACAACCUAUAAAACUGUGGGACCCGAAAACGGGUCAGUCUUUGGCUACAUUACAUGCGCACAAGUCGACCGUUAUGGAUUUGAAAUGGAAUGAAAACGGAAAUUGGCUUAUAACAGCUUCUCGAGAUCAUCUUUUGAAAUUAUUUGAUUUGCGAAAUUUAGGGCAGGAAGUUCAGACGUUUAGGGGUCAUAAAAAAGAAGCCUCUAGCGUUGCGUGGCAUCCGGUUCAUGAAGGGCUAUUUAGUAGCGGCGGAUCCGAUGGGGCCAUUAUGUUUUGGCACGUUGGAGCUGAUAAAGAGGUAGGAGCCAUUGAACAAGCUCAUGACAGUAUAGUAUGGACGUUGGCAUGGCACCCGUUGGGUCAUAUUCUUUGCUCCGGAUCAAACGAUCAUACUAGUAAAUUUUGGACUAGAAAUAGACCAGGUGAUCUGAUGAGAGAUAAAUAUAAUCUCAAUACUUUACCUGCGGGUAUUGCUGGACUUGAAGAUGUUGGUGACUUGGGGAAAGAAAUAGCGGCAGAUGAACCUUCUGUCAUACCUGGCAUGGGCCCCGACGACAAAGUAGAGUUUACAUUUUCUUCCGAUGAUAACGCAACUAUACCAGGUCUAGAUUUGGAUCUUCUCGGUGGUUCGAUUGAUGACAAGGCCAAAACUAAAAAAGUGCCUUACAGCAAGCCAAUUCCACGUAAUUUUCAAGCUCAAUGGAAUGAAACUAUUGAUGAUACCUCGGGUACAUUGAAUGAAGUUUUAAGUCAAAUUGUAGAAAACACGCCUGGUGUCGUACCUUUGCAAAAAAUUAAUCCUAGUGCUAUUAUUGUUGCUGGAAAACUUAUUCCUGUAGAACCGGGAUCGAAGCUUGAGUCUGCAAUUGCAGAAGGUCCGGACGCUCUUAAUAAAUUUUUACGAUCCGGAGAAGUACCAGAACUCUCGGACGUAAUGCUUGGCGAAGAUAGCGAUUAUCUAGACACAACGUACGUUGACGAAGAUAGCGAUUCACAUAAUCAAAGUUCAGGACCUCGACCACUCAUGGAAACACCAAUAACUCCCUCCAAAUUUAAAAACCAAGAUUUUCUUAGCAACCGUUUCGGGGGUGGUGAUGGUGAAUCGUCGAGACACUCUGACCAAGACAUGCGUUCUCAUCCCUUCAGCUUCUUACGAGAUAGUGACAUGCGCGGAAAUUCCGGAGACAUUGACUUGCGGAACAAUCCAAACGGCGGAAAUUCUGAUUUUCGAAACAGUCGGGACUUCGAUAUGCGCAGUGGACCUAGCGCAGACGCAGAUAUGGAUGAAGAUUAUAAUAGACCUUACGGUCAGCAUCAGGAUUUCCGGAAUAACCGUUACAAUGAGAACGAAGAAGCAGAAGAAGAAUAUUACGAGGAAGAAGAAGAUGGUUAUGAAGAAGAAGAGUACGAGGCACCUCCUAAUCAAAACUGGCCCCCAUUCAAUGGACCACGAAACAAUAGAGGUGCUUUUCAAAACUUCCGGCCAGGGCUUCCGCUUCCACCACCAAACGACUUUGGCGGGUUAGGACAAUUCAAUCCAGGUAAUAAUUGGAACGGUUCGACGGGACCAGGAAAAGAUGGGUUCAGAGGUGGACGAGGUAUAGGUGUGUUUAGAAGAAAUAACCUCCUAGGACCCCCUCCUCCACUCGACGGCUUCGGUGGAGUACCGCGACCACCUUUAAGAGGAUUAAUGAGAGGACGUGUGGGAAGAGGAAUCGUUCCUCAUCCUUUACUUCGACGUGGAAAUAUGGACGGUGGUCCUAAACGUGGUAUGGAUGCAAUGAGACGGAUAAUGGGUAUCAGAGGUCGCGGUGUACCAAGGGGUAGAAAUAACCAAUAUUGAGUUUGGUGGAAAAGUUCGAACAAUGCCUUAUUUGAAUGUUACAUUAAAGUGUACUGCUGGUGAUUACUAAAAAGAAAACAUUUCUGGAUUUGGAUAAUCACUGGAAACGUGCGUAUGUGCCGAUUGGUCAAUAUAUAAUUAUUUGCAUGUGUCAUAGAUCUUGUUUAUUUAAAGGCAUUAAUAGUUCUUGGGACGUUUUCGCGAAUGUGUAACUUGCAGUUUUUGCUGCUCGAAAUAUGUUUUUAUUCAUUUUGAAUCGUGCACACGAAUUUAUUGUGAAAUAUGUGAUAUAUGUGUACAUUUUGCGCGAUUUACCACUGAAGAAAAUAAAACGAUAUUGUAAUUU